AUUAUUUGAUGAAAGAAUACUUUAGAAUAACUUUCUGUUCCUUUUAACUAACAUAUCAUAAAACCUAAAUUUGCAAAGUUUGAAACUUAGAUAUCAAUACAAAUUCGACCAAAUUAUAAAUAGAAUAUAAUGAGUUUUGAAAUUUAAAUACUUGUAUACAUGAAAGAAAAGCGGAAGGGUUGUCAUGAAGAGAUCAAAUACGGUACUUUCUUAUAAGAUACUUUAUAAGUGCUUUCUAUAGCGCGAGUUUGAUAAUGGCCCUUGGCACAGAAAAUACGCUAUUAUAAAUUACUAAUUGUUUAAUUAAACUGAAAUACAGUUAAAAUAACUAAACUGUAAUCUUCACACAAGCUUGUAAAAUAUAUUUCAAAUUCUUUACAUGGCGGCUAAAGAACAGAACUAUAAACAAUAUACUUCAUAAUAAUAGAUUAGAAAAAAGGUCAAGAGUGAGUUGUGCAAUUAUAGAUAUAUAGAUAGAUAUAGUAUUUAUUUGCAUCACUUUACAUGCCUUAUACACAGAUUAUAUACUAAACAUAACGAAACAGUACACGGACUGGCCGCCCAGAUCUAGUUAAACACGGACGUAGUGCUUCAUUUCUUUUUUUUUUAAUACUUCCUCAUUCAGAUUGAUUUAAUACUCUUAAAAUUGAUUUUAUGAACAGUUUAUUGAUCUCAGUCUGAAAUUGACCCAUUGUUGCUUAUUAUUUAUUAUAUGCUUUAUCUUUAUUUCGCAUUUCUAAUAAAAUUUAGGGAAAAAUUUGUAUACAUUUGGCAACAUUGUUAUCAAAAAAAGUCAUAAUAGUGUGUUGGCUGUGGUGUGUAAAUAAACUUUCGUGAACUAAAAAUAUUAUAGAAAACAUCAAAUUUGUGCAUUUAUAUAUAACAUGGUUUCGUUCAAUUAGUAGGAGCAUCAGAAUAUACUAGUGUUAAAAUGGAAACUACGCCACUUAUAACAAGGCCAAAAAAGAGAUCCGUAUGGUCAAGAUUACUCUUUUCAAGAUUUAAAAAACAAGACUUGAGCGCUCGAAUAAUAUACUUGGGACAACUGCCAGAUGAAGAAUUCCCUCAAAAUUAUGUUUGCAAUCAAAAAUAUAAUAUAAUAACAUUUCUGCCGUUGGUGUUAUAUGAACAGUUCCGCUUUUUUCUCAAUAUGUAUUUCCUUGUAAUGGCAGUCAGUCAAUUCAUACCAAGUAUCCGAAUUGGUUAUCUAUACACAUAUUGGGGACCAUUGUGCUUUGUACUAGCUGUCACACUAUUCAGAGAAGCAGUGGACGACUUCCGCAGAUAUAGGCGAGACAAAGAAGUGAACAGGCAACGAUAUGAACGUAUAGUCCUUGAUUCAACAGUAGAUGGGUACAAGCCAUAUAACACAGAACAGGUAUCGGCAUCUGCUCUACGUGUAGGAGAUAUUGUGAUGCUACAUAAAGGGCAGAGAGUUCCUGCUGACAUGAUACUGUUGAGAACUAAUGAAACUAUGGGCACUGUAUUUAUACGUACAGAUCAAUUGGAUGGAGAAAUUGAUUGGAAAUUAAGAAUACCUCUGCCGUCAACGCAAAAGCUUCAAACUGACGCUCAUUUGCUGGACAUCAAUGCGAAAGUCUGGGCGGAGAAGCCGGAGAAAGAUAUUCACUCGUUUAUUGGUACUUGUACCAGACUAGACGAGGGUGAGAGUGACUCCCUCGAUAUAGAGAAUACCCUGUGGAGUGGGUGUGUUGUUGCAUCAGGACAAGCUACUGGACUCGUCAUUUACACAGGCAGCGAAACACGCAGUGUGAUGAACAAUGCGACGCCACGUUCAAAAGUCGGUCGUUUAGAUUUACAAGUGAACAGUCUCACUAAGGUGCUGUUUGUGGCUACUGUAUUCACUUCGGUACUACUCAUUGUGCUCAAGGGAUUCAACGGACCAUGGUUUGGAUUCUUCUUCAGAUUUGUGCUUUUGUUUUCCUACAUCAUACCUAUAAGUUUAAGAGUCAAUUUGGAAAUGGGCAAAGCUUUCUACUGUUGGAACAUACAAAGAGAUAAGAAGAUCGAAGGCACAGUGAUGCGAUCGACCACAAUACCGGAAGAAUUGGGUAGGAUACAAUACCUGCUGGCCGACAAGACCGGCACUCUCACCAAGAACGAGAUGGUGUUUCAGAAAUUGCAUCUAGGAAACGCUCUGUAUGACAGAAAUAAUUUUUAUGAGGUGGAAGCACUCCUGACACAGUACGUAACUAACGACGCCCCGUCGUUGCCGACGUCGCCGGCGGGCGAUGCCGUCUCCGGCGCCGGCGCCGCCCUGACGGCCGCCACGCCGCGGCAGGUGUGGCGGUGCGUGCUCGCCGUAGCGCUGUGCCACAACGUCACGCCCGUGUACGACGUGCAACAUAACAUCGACGACUCGCAAUCAGAUAUGGCAAGCUCGGUGGUAUCAGAAAGUUGUGGUGGCGCGGUACCUCAGCAACAGCUAUGCGACUAUCAAGCUUCCAGCCCUGAUGAAGUAGCUCUCGUCAAGUGGACCGAUAUGGACGAAACCACUCAAGUGAUCACUUACUACGUGAAAGGCGCGGACGUAGCGCUCGCUCAACUACUGGACUCGUCAUCUUGGUUCAAUGAGUCGUCUUGGCUCACAGAGUGUCGUAAAUUAGCCGCUGAUGGUCUACGGACGUUGGUGGUGGCGACGAAGACCCUCACCAAGAACGAGUACUUGGAAUUCGAGAGCGAAUACAAAGAAGCUAGGUUGAGUGUACAGAAUCGUAGCGAGAGGACAGCGGCCGCAAUAAAUAAGUUGCAGCGAGGAUUGACCCUGCUGGGGCUCACCGGUGUGGAGGAUCGACUCGCUGAAGAUGUACCGGACACUUUGUCCAGACUGCGUACCGCCGGCAUUAAGAUAUGGAUGUUGACCGGGGACAAGUUGGAGACGGCGCUGUGCAUCGCCCGGUCGCUGCACCUCGGCGGCGGCGGCAACUGGUACCCCGCGCCCCCCUGUACCACGAGACGUGACGCGCACGCGACGCUGCAGGCGCUGGCCGAACUAGCGCCCGACAUGGACCUCAUAGUGGAGGGGGAGACUCUCGAGGUUACAACCGUUCUAGUCAUGUGCCUGCACUGGUACGAGGAGGAGAUGGUGUCAGUGCUGCGGCGCUGCAGCGGCGUGGUGGUGGCGCGCUGCUCCCCCACGCAGAAGGCGCGGGUGGCGCGCCUGCUGCGGGCGCGGGGACUGGUGGUGGCCGCCGUGGGGGACGGGGGCAACGACGUCGCCAUGAUACAAGAGGCCGAUAUGGGUACGUUGCCACAGCCUUACCUCGCUGCCUCCGCGGUGGUCAAAGCCCCGCAAAUUCGUCCGUGUAUGGAAUAUCGCUCACACCUUUGGGAGGGUUCAGCAAAAUACCAGCUUACCGCGCUCGAUUCGGUGGACCGUAGAGCCAGAAAACUUGUGGGGGAUUGUGAUCUCGAUAACUCUAAGCUCCACAGUCUGUCUCAUCGCCUAAAAAGUUGCUUCAAUGUCGGUGUGGGCAUAGAGGGCGCGGAGGGGAAGGCGGCGUCGCUGGCGGGGGACGUGAGCGCGCGCACGUUCGCCAGUCUCGCGCGGCUGCUGCUCGUGCACGGACGCCGCUCCUACAUGCGCUCCGCCGCGCUAUGUCUGUUCAUAGUGCACCGCGGUCUGAUCGUCUCCACCAUGCAGGCUGUGUUCUCCGUAGUAUUCUAUUUCUCGUCCGUGUCACUGUACCCCGGAUUCCUUAUGGUCGGUUAUGGAACAGUGUACACGGUGCUCCCGGUUUUCUCUUUGGUGCUUGACAAGGACAUAUCUAGUGCAACAGCACUACGGUACCCGCAGCUUUACAAGCAACUAACGAAAGGACGGCAGCUUUCUUAUAAGACUUUUUAUAUUUGGACUGGAAUAUCUAUAUAUCAAGCCUCUUUAACUUCAUCACCGACCUAUCAAUAUCCCCACUGCUGGGGGCGCACAGUUCAUAUGGAUGGAAUCGAUUUAAAUCAACCACGCAUGCUCAGUGCGAUUUGGUGGAUAUUAAAGACUGCUAGUACAGCCAGGACCAAUGGCUUAACGCGGUGUUAUAAUGUACGGUGCCCUAGUUCUAUUCGAGGACCAACUGAUCCACAUAGUGGAGAUAAGUUACACGGCACUGAUACUGACCGAACUGAUAAUGGUGGCGCUCACCGUGGUCACGUGGCAUCGGCUCAUGAUCGCGGCAGAGUUCGUCAGUCUGCUCAUGUAUACCGCCACGUUGCUCAUAUUCACAUCGUACUUCGACAAAUUUCACAAGUUAAUAUUACCCCAGUCCAAAGAUAUAAGCAAAAGAAUCAGCCGGUGCGAGCUCGUCUUCCGCGAUUCACUGGUCGCUCACCAAGGGUUAAAGAUAUUUUACAUAUGGCAGAAGGGAAUGAAAUAGUGUAUGGAAAAUUUGAAGGGGUAGGAUCAAAACAAGACUGA